AUCUGACUGUCACGCGGAAGCUCGAAGAAGAGGCAUCCGAGCUUCCCUUCCAUACAAGAGCAACAACAGCAAGAGAGAAAAGCAUUCAAACCACCUUGGUGUAUCCUUCCUCUCAUCUCUUCCCUCCUGCUUGUUGUGCUACUGUAGCUGAUUGAGAUUGGGUUAGACUAUUUCUCUGUCAAAUCCGGAACUUCCCUUUUGCUGCUUGAUUGUCUUGUAUUCAAUCCAAGCAACAUCUCUCGAGUGAUUCGAUUCGAUUCAGUUGCAGCGACGACGUCAAGCACAAGUCAAAGCUACUAGCUAGGCUAGAGAAGAGGAAGAAAGAGACCAAGAUGAACAACGACACCAAGUACGAUAGUGACGACGAUGAUGUGGGUCCUCCUCCUGCCCACAACAAUGGGGCGCCUCUCUACGACGCCAACCCCGAACGACAAGAACGAAUCCGUCAAAUGGUCGCAGCGAGUAGUCAGAGCAACGUGAUGCAGGAUGAUCAAGUGACAGACUUUGUCUUGCGCAUGGCCGAAAAGAAUCAAAAAAUGAUGGACCAGCAGCCACAACAGCCACAACAAAAAUCACCACCGCCACCGCGUCACACCAUUAGCGACAGCAGCGAAGACAGCAACGGAUCCGAUUUGGAUGCGUCCUACAACAACCAUCGCAUCAACCAACACAGCGAACGGAUGAAUAAGAACAAACAGAAACAGCGACACAACACGCCCGACGAGUAUCCUCCCGGAGAAGCCUUUGAGGACGAGGCGGCCGAAAUUCCAUCGUACGAUCCCAAAGAAGACGAUGCCAUUUCCUACAGUCGACUCUGUUGUGUCGCCUGUGCCCUCGUGAUUGGCAUGAUUGCCACUUCUGUAUUGAUUUUGGUAUUUGUCGUCAUUGCCGAUGGAGAAGAUUCCACUCACAAGGCCCAUCACGGAGGAAAUUUUGAUGGCAUGGUUUUGCCGUUUGCGCCGUCCAAUUUGAAAGAAUUGUGUCAAUUGACCAAUCUCAAAACAUUCCAGGGCGUACUCGAUUGUCGAGAACCCUGUAUGCGAGCGGCAUGUUGUUGGGAAAAGGGAGAACGAGGACAACAACCCGUCUGUUGGGAAUCUCAUCCCCUCGAAUGUGCCCCCUACGAAUCCUGUGUCAAUUUGUUGCAAGCCGGGACCGAACAACGACCCGAUGGAACAGGGGGUCGUCCCACCAGUACCGUACCACGAGCGCCCGAUGGUGUUUCGGCAUGCCGGCCCGAAACCAUUAAUAGUGUCGAUCAAGUCUUGUUGUGCGAAAAUGCGUGUCGAGUGGGAGAAUGCUGCUGGAAAACCGGCAGUGGUUCCCAACAAAAAUGCCACACGGACCCCAACUGCGACGAUUACAAACCGUGCCAAGUGUUGAAUCAAGGAGGAUCGGCAGCGGGCUCGGGAACGGGCACGUCCGUCGUGUCCACCUCGUCCGCCGAAAAUAUCCCUGCCGCACCCAUCAAUUUGAGUGAAGUUUGUAGUCAACAAUCGGUCCAAGCGUGUGAAUCGGCAUGUGCCAAGGCGUCGUGUUGUUGGAAACUCGCGACGAACUCGUACGAAGGACCUCUCGGGGAAACCAUUACCGAGUCGGUCUUGGGAUCGUGUGCGCACGAAACGGUCUGUGAUGGAUACAAACCCUGCAAGGACAUGCCCGCCGAUGCACAAGCCAGCAGCAGUGCCACGGGUAGCACAUCGGCGGCAAGCACGAGUGCCGGCAGUAAUACCAACUUUCAAAACGUGGCCAUUCCAACCGCACCUUCGAAUUUGGCAGCUACCUGCACUGCGUCCUUGGAAGGAAGUUGUGCUACGCAGUGUUACAAGGCUCCCUGCUGUUGGCAGUUGCAGACACAUGCCUUUACGGGCCCCUUGGGGGAAAUUGUUACCGAAUCCGUGCUGGGGGCAUGCUCGCAUCGCGAGGAAUGUGCCGGAUACGAACCGUGCAAGGCAUUGCCCAAAAAGUCGCAACCCGGGGGAACUCCCGCUCCCACGGCGGCACCUGCGAACGUGGCGGAACAGCAAACCAACCUCGAAGCCGUGUGCGGUGCAUCGCUCGAGGGAGUUUGUACGGAUACCUGUAAUCAAGCACAAUGUUGCUGGAAAAUGGCCACCUCGACGUACACGGGUCCUUUGGGAGAGACCAUGACGGAAUCCGUCCAAGGAACGUGUGCUCAUUUGGCCGAGUGCAAAGCGUACGAACCGUGCAAACAACUUCCCGAGGCAUUAGCCUCUCAUGUACAUGAAAUUGUACCGGCUCCGAUGGACUUGGCAAGUACGUGUGCGGCAGCGCAGGAUGGAGUCUGCCGUAAUACCUGCAAUCAAGCCACCUGUUGCUGGAAGUUGGCCAUUACCACAAUGGAGGGACCCCACGGAUCUACCAUUACCGAAUCCGUGCUGGGUUCUUGUUCGCAUUCGCACUCCUUGGAAUGCGCAGGAUAUGAACCAUGCAAGAAAUUGCCCGAAGCCACUCAUCCACCACCGGAAACAACACCCACCGCACAUCUCAAUAUCCCGGCGGCACCGGAUAAUCUGACAGACACGUGCGAUCGCCCCACGCUUAGUAACCUGGAUAUUCAUUUGUGUAGGGAAUAUUGCAAUGCUGCUACUUGCUGUUGGAAGAAAGAAACCCAUACAUUUGAAGGAUCUUCCGGAGAAACAAUUACAGAAUCGCAACAAGGAUCGUGUGCUCAUCAAAUUGAGUGUGAAGCCUACAGGCCUUGCAGCGUCUUGGACUCCGAUGUUUACUCGCCUCAUUCACCGGCUGUCGAUCCCACCCCAGCACCGGCGCCUGUGGAAGCACCACCCACCAGCCGUCCUCCCUUCAGCAGCACUACCGAAUACACCGAAGAAGUUAUUUUCGACGUUUGUUACAAUCACGAAGGAACCAAGCUUUGCGAACAAGUCUGCGAUCCAGGCUCGUGCUGUUACAAGGCAGACGAGGACUGUGCCAACGAUGGAAGCAUCGAUUGCGGCAAAUACGAGCCCUGCAAAGUCCUGAACCAAGCCAACGGUAACGGCGUUCAGUCGGAGGUAGAAAAAGCAUGCAGCGAUUUGUCUGAUUUGGCUCCGUGUGUGCAACAGUGUUCGAAAGGAACGUGCUGCUUUACGACUGACUUUGGAAAAACAUGUGAUGUUGCGGCGCCAACCAUUGCAUGCUCGGAGUAUACUCCCUGUGAGGUUCUCUACCGCGCGUCCAGCAAUCCAUAAGUGGAUCGAAGGGCUUGGAUGGGAAGCAAAUCGGUGGCGGCUCGGGUGGGAUCUUCCAGUGUUUUCUAUGUUGCAUGAAAUUUGAUAGAAGGGGACGCAUACUCCGUAGCAUUCCUUCUAGUGCCGGCAGGAAAUUCUUAGUCAAUAACUUACAUACUAACGCUACAUACUCUCUCUGUGGACAGCUCUUC